GCAAGCGGCUCUGUAGGCGGAAGUCGCCCGCCGCCACCUCAGCUCGGCGUCGGUCAGAGCCCCGGCCAUGGCGGGUAUCAAAGCUCUCGUGGCGCUGUCCUUCAGCGGAGCCAUCGGGCUGACGUUCCUCAUGCUGGGAUGCGCCUUGGAGUACUACGGUGUAUACUGGCCUCUGUUUGUCUUAAUAUUUUACUUCAUCUGCCCCAUUCCCCACUUCAUUGCAAAAAGAGUCAGUGAUGACAGUGAUGCAGCCAGCAGUGCCUGCAGGGAAUUGGCAUAUUUCUUCACAACUGGAAUUGUUGUUUCUGCCUUUGGAUUCCCUAUAAUUCUGGCACGGGUUGAAGCGAUCAAAUGGGGAGCCUGUGGUCUGGUGCUGGCUGGCAAUGCAGUCAUUUUCCUUACUAUUUUAGGCUUUUUCCUUGUGUUUGGUAGAGGAGAUGACUUUAGCUGGGAGCAGUGGUAGGACAUCACUCUGGUGCUGGUAAUAUUUUACAGCAUGUAUCACCGUAUGUAUCCUCUGUGUGUGUAUAUGUGUAUAUGUUAUAACAGCCGUGUGCGUGCACGCUGAGGUGGAUGUAUGUGCAUAUACAUGUAGCUUUACAUUACCACAUCAUAACGUGCUUUUUUAAAGUGCUUUUCAGCCAAAGGGAAAAAGCCCUUGUGACAUCUGUCCUGAUGUAGUCAGUAAAAGCUGGAACCACUGUUGCAAGCCUGUUCCUAAUCUUAAAGUUUACAUAACAUAAGCCUUUUUACUAAUUUUUUCACUAUAUGUGCAUUAACUUUUGUUUUAAUCAUAGUAGUACCAUUGACAUGUGAUACUGGUCAUGUUGGGUUUUAACCAUGUAAUCAAAGUAGGCCAAGAUAAAGAUGAUCCUACUUGGUGUUCUUCAACUUGAUCAGCUUUCUGCUUUGAUUAGGGGUGAACAGAGACUUGCUGUUCAUUUCCGUAACAUAAUUUUGAUGUGUUUCUCUUAAUAACAUCAAACCAAACACAGGUUUUUCAAUUCUUUUACUACCUAAUGAAAGAAAAAUAACCUAACCCUGGUUAAAUAUCCUUCCUUCCACAUACGAUGUUAAUUUGAAAUAGAAUUCUCCCUCCCAAGGAUAUUCAGUCUUAACACCUGUGGUUAUACUUUGGGAAUAAUAUAAUCUAAUGCUUUGAGCUGACAUUACUUCUCUUAGAAAGGUUCACAAAAGAAGAAACUAUGCAUAGGACACUUACAAACUGUGUAAUAUUGAACUCUGUAUUCUUACGUGUGAAAUGCCUGAAUUGCAAAGUGAGUGUUCUGUGGGAUAGGACUUCUUAUCUCCUCUGUUCUCAUUGCUUUCAAAACAUACUUACUCAACUGCUAUUUUUUGGCUGUAACAGAAGAUUGUUCUAUUAAAACACUAUAUUUUUAAAAUAGCAUUAUCCUUCACAUAAUCACACUUCUAAAAGUAAACUUUUCUACUGGUUUGACUUGCUGAGUCCUGCAAAGUGCUGAGGCAUGUCCUUUGGUAAAAAUGCAUUCUGAUACAACCCUUACUCGAGAAGACCUUUCAGUAAUCUGCAAAGGGGUAAAGGAAGAGAUGCCUUAGUUUAUCCUUUCAUAUUAAAAUAGACAUGAAGAAGUUUCUGCUGGGUGAAGUAAGAAGCUGAGCUCCUGCCUAGGGUAUGUUUUACAUUUGCAAGUUCUUCAGGCUGGAAGGUUGCAACUGAGUGUUUUAUAGUCGUGUGAGUCAGUUCACAGCUGACUGCUGUCACCCUGUGUAGCUGUGAGAGACACUGUGUGAAGAGGUAACAGCAUCCAUGCUCCAAGAUGUGCAAGCUUCAUCAGUGCAAUGCUUUUUGCCUCCUAAGUUGUGUGCAACUACUGCUGCUGCUGUCCAAACUCUCCCAAUACUCAUGUACUGCAGAAUGGAGCCCUGUGGGUUGCUGCGCAGAGCAAAGAUCCAAGACUUAAUGUUACGUAAGCACUCUGCUUCUGGGUACAGAAACUGUGCCAUGGGCCAAGUAAUGUAACAUCACUGAAGGAGGAAUGGAAUAUCGGGUUUCAGGAAGGUUAACUGUAUGUUUUAAGUUUAAACUUCAGAUGUGUGUAUGGUGCACAGUGCUGAGGAAUACUGAGUAGCUCUGUUUUAUACUGAAGUGUGCCUAGGCUGUCAUUCUCGUAAAGAAGAACUAACAUUAAAGGAAAUGUUCUUUUCUGGAUGUUAAUGCUUCAUCAAAGACAUAACAGGAAUAUACUUGUAAAGAUGCUGUGCAUAAGCGUCUUCUUCCUGACUUUAGAUGAAAUGUCUUGGACACUACUAAUUUGUAAAGUACUAUUGUGGAAAUUGUUCUUUGAGACGAGUUUGAGUAAACAUGGCUUCUCCUGCUUUGAGUUUUGAAGAAGGUGCCUUUAUCUCCCCUAUAAAUGUAAUUUUUCAUUCAAAUUAUUGAAGUAAACCAGCAACAAUAACACACAUGUUCAGUGCCUGAUCCUGUAAAUGCCUAAUUACAUUGCUAACAGUCCUCUUUAACUCCUGUUUAAAUACUCAUGUGCUUGCGGGGUUCUUGAGUAUUUUUACUCCUUAGAAUUUGUGUACCAAAGGCUGCAAUAGAAGCCUCCAAAACUACUCAAUUACUGAUGAAAUUAUGGAAUCAUUCUUUGUAGAAUCUGUUGUGGAUCUGUUAGUGUGCUUGUACCUCUGUACAGGCCGUAAGCAUGUGACAAUCUAAAAUGAAAAGGAGGACUAGGAAGUGCAGUGUUGAGGUUGUCUCUUGCACAAAUGAUUCCAUUGUACUGUAUUUCCUCUGGUAUUCCUGUGGUUGGUGGGUGCCUCAGGAAAUGGCAGGUCAGUGUUGAGUGGAGGAAGUCAAUGCUUUGCUUUAUGUGAUCUUUGUGCACUAAUCUCUAAUGUGAACUUCCUGCAGUUUUCACCAUGGACUUUCGUUUUAAGAUGUGUUAACUUUCAGAAUUGAGUUUCACAGUGUUUAAACCAUAGAAACCUUCCUUGACCUCUUGAAAAGUAAAUCUGCUUCAGUGAGUCUUCUAUACCAAAUGGGGUAAAAGAACUUGUCAGUGCUUUUUUUUAUCAAGAGCUUCACUCAUUCACACAAACCUGGUGCUCUGAUGGCCAGUACUGGGCAUGAACUGUCACUAUCCACCAGUAGCUAUUUACUGUGGUUUCUCUGAAAUUGUUUUCCUCUAUGGAAGUGAAUACUAUGUAUCCAAAGUGCCUUAAUUUCCAUACUAUGCUGAUUUCAUGAGUGCAUAUACAUGGCAAUAUCACUGUAUUUCAUAGUCAGCUGAAGUUCUGUGACUGCAUUUUAUAAAGCUUCCUUGUGGACUAACCAUGUUUUCUGUAAUUCAGAAUGCAGUGCAGCUUUUGUAACUUUUGUAAACAGGGGUUUUAUUUCCUGUGAUCGCCAGGUUCUUCAGAUGAAGCAUUAAAACAUGGAAAUUAAAAUAUAUUCUACUUUUCAUUUUGAGUUGUCUAAUAAAACUGACUUUUUGAAUUGUCUAAUAAACAUCUGAUGCUUA